UCCGCGCGCCGGCGUCCGCUGCGUCUCCGGCAUUUGAAUCGCGCUUCCGCCAUCUUUCCAGCUUCAGUCGGACAGGCGCGGAGACUCUUCUGGAAGGAUCGCCGCGAUGGCCGCCCAGGGAGAGCCGCAGGUCCAGUUCAAGCUCGUCCUGGUGGGCGACGGCGGCACCGGGAAGACGACGUUCGUGAAGCGCCACUUGACGGGCGAGUUUGAGAAGAAGUAUGUAGCCACCCUGGGCGUGGAGGUGCACCCGCUCGUCUUCCAUACCAACAGAGGACCCAUCAAGUUCAACGUGUGGGACACAGCCGGCCAGGAGAAGUUCGGGGGCCUGCGCGAUGGCUACUACAUCCAAGCCCAGUGUGCCAUUAUAAUGUUUGACGUAACAUCAAGAGUUACUUACAAGAACGUACCUAACUGGCAUAGAGAUCUGGUACGCGUGUGUGAAAACAUCCCCAUUGUAUUGUGUGGCAACAAAGUGGAUAUUAAAGACAGGAAAGUGAAGGCAAAAUCUAUUGUCUUCCACCGAAAGAAGAAUCUUCAGUACUAUGACAUUUCUGCCAAAAGUAACUACAACUUUGAAAAGCCUUUCCUCUGGCUUGCCAGAAAGCUCAUUGGAGAUCCUAACUUGGAGUUCGUUGCCAUGCCUGCUCUUGCCCCACCUGAGGUGGUCAUGGACCCAGCUUUGGCAGCACAGUACGAGCAUGAUUUAGAGGUUGCUCAGACGACUGCUCUCCCGGAUGAGGAUGACGACCUGUGAGAAAGUGAAGCUGGAGCCCUGCGUCAGAAGUCUAGUUUUAUAGGCAACUGUCCUGUGAUGUCAGCGGUGCAGCGCGUGUGCCACCUUAUUUAGCUAAGCAGAUCGUGUACUUCAUUGGGAUGCUGAAAGAUGAAUGGGCUUCGAGUGAAUGUGGCAGUUAAACAUACCGUCAUUUUUUGGACUUGCAUAUUUAGCUGUUUGGAACAGAGUUGUUUCCUUCCUGAAUUUCAAAGAUAAGACUGCUGCAGUCGCAUCACAAUAUUCAGUGGUGAAAUCUUGUUUGUUACUGUCAUUCCCAUUCUUUUCGUUUAGAAUCAGAAUAAAGUUGUAUUUCAAAUAAUCUAAACAAGUGAAUCAUCCCUUGUUUGUAAGCAUAUUAAAACCGCUAACACGAGGGAGCUUGUGCCAUAGUAUGGUUUACAAUGCUUUUGCUUCUUACCUGAGGUCUGUUCAGUUAUGUUCUCCUUGUGCCUACCUUCAUAAAUAUGGAUUGUCAUGUGAUUCAGCUAGGAUAUCUGCCCUACCUGCAUUUAGCCAGGUAGUUUAGUUUAAGGGAAGACCUUGUGUAAGACUGAAGAUUUAAGUAUGUACGUAUCAGAUGUUUAAGGAUUAUAGUUGACAAUUUCUGUAACCUAGGCCUUCAGAAGUUAGAACUGCAGUUGGAAGUGUGAGGCUUUUCUGAGAUGUGAGUACUCCAUUCCAUUUCCAUGUCUAAUGUUGGUUCUCUAAGAUGUUCUUUGCUUUGAAUGAUGGCUCCUUCCUUGAAGGGUAGUCGCAAGAGGCAGAGGCAGGAGGGUCUCUUAAAUUGGCAGUCAACCUCGUCUCUACAGAGUCCUGUAGGUAGGCUGUUAUCCUAUAGGUUGUGCAGGAAAGGAAAUGUUAGUGCUGCCCUGAAGAAUAGGGUGGGCUUCUCUGAUGUGAAAGUGUGGGUUGAAACUUUAUCUUGGGUGUGUGGUCCUGGCAGAACUGUGCUGUACUCAGAUGUAUUUAUAGUAAGCCCUUCCAUACGCUCUGCUGGCCAAUCUACCAAAGUUCCUAAAAGGGUGGAUACCUUUCAUAGUUGGGGUUUUUCCCCCCUCCAAAGAAGGUAGAGAGGAACACAAUGGAGAAGGUGAGGAACCCGAAGCGUGCCCUAGCCUCAGCAGACUGAUUUCAAGACUCAGUUUGAUGUGUAUGCUAUGCUACAAUCAGGUGAAGACCCUCUCUCUCCCCUGACUGGGAUGAAACCUCAUUUAGAUGUCUUGAAUUAAUACAAUGUGUGUAACGCUGGUACAGAAUGUGGAACCUUCUAACUUUCUGACUUUUGUAACAGUUAAAUGUGGGAGCUGCGUACGUGUGUUUAACCAGAGAACAGAGAUUUACAUUAUUUAUUGGAAGAACUUAAAUAUAUAUAUCCUUUCUGCUUUGCCUCA